CAGAGAAUAUGAACAACCAUCUUCACUGUUGUCACCUUCACACCAAUGGGACAACAAUUCUAUAGAAGAAACUCCACCCUUGCAAGUGCAAAAUUUUGGCUUACGUCCAUCAACUCCUUGUGCUCACUUAGGCUCACGACCUCAUACCCCAGUUGGAAGAGUGGAUGUGAAACCACAAGGUGACUCUGGCCAGACUUUGAGCCAACCAUAUACUUUUGUAUCCUUCUCCCCAUUCCCUGCCAAUAUGUUGUCAAACCAGCCUCAGGACCAAAGGCAUUUAUCACACAAGGCAGUGUCUUCAGCGACUGGUUUCAAUUCUUUGCCUCCACUGCCCCCAACUCGGGCCUCUCCUGGUCAGAUAUCAAGGCUUUCAUUGACUUGUAAUUCCUCAAAACCGCUGGCAUCAAAUUCUCAGUUUUGCCAUAAGAAAGUGCAACAUCAAAUCAGAGCCUCUGAAUGUGAUGCUAAUCUUUUGCUAACCCAGCUGUGUGGUCAAGACAAAAUUAUGCAAAGCCUAUCAUUUGAGAGGACUAAGCUAUGUGCAGACAAGGAAAGUCUGGAGUGUGCUCUUGAAAUAAUUCACCUUCAGAUUCAAGAGCAAAGAAACCAAGAAGUGGAUGCUAGUCGAGCUACGGGUAUUGAGGGAUUAAUGUUUCAACAAGCUAUGCUGCAGGAAGAACUUGUUCAAACUCAUGCUAAAAUCUGUGAUGUUACCAUGGAAAUGGACAGGGCAUGGGAAGAGUAUAAGCAUCUUGAGAGUGAGCUGUAUGUUCUGAAAUCACAUUUAGAACACAUCUGCAUGUUUGGAAGACCUCAGGAGAAAGCUGAUGCACACCGGCAACUCUGGAUAAUAGAAGAUUUCCUGAUUGAGCUCUGUACCAAUAAGAAUAACUUUCACUUUGCUGUGGACUCUCACACUCAAACACUUCCAUCCUCCACUUUGCUUCAUGAGCUCAACCAUCAUCCUGGUACAUCCAGUCCUUCAUCAGCAUCAUUGAUUCCCAGCUGGCCUCCAAAGAAGGCUACUCUGGAAUCCCAAAGGUCACAUGCCCACAAGUCUGCCCUGCUCCAAUCAAGAUGUCCUUCUAUCUACAAUCAGAGGCCUGGUCAAUCAAAUCUUAUGUACUUAGUAGACCCAGUGCUUCCAGUCUCACCGGCUUCUAUAUGCAGCUCUAUUUGGACUCACAAUGAACCCAUUAACAAGGAUAUCAAUCAACAAAAGGUCUGCAUGAGUGCAGAAGAGCAGCUGGAAAGAAUAAGUGGCAAUCAUGAGAGGUCAACAAGUAGCUCUCUUCAUCCUCAAUUGGUUCAGAGAUCAUUUGAGCAGAAAAAACAGAAAGAAGAACGACUGGCAAAUCCUGACAGUUGUCAGCUUAGUCGAAUCAAGACCUGCUUCUUACCCAUGGCUCUGACUGCCCAUCAUGUUUCUCUGGAAGAACCAUGCAGCCUGCCAGAGGAAAUUGUAGUUCCACAUCCAGACACCAUCUCUACUUCAGAUUCUGCUCAUGUGUGUAAUAAGAGUCAGAAGGUGGUUACAGAGAAUAUGGCAAAUACAGUGACUGAUGGUCUUACUGUGCUGCUUCCUGAGCAGAGCACCAUCUCUAUUCCCACUGGCACAGGAACCAAAUGCUCUGUGUCUUAUUAUGUAAAUAAAAACAAACAACACACACUAUCAGGAGGUAAAAUGGACAAUGGACAAAUUUUCGAGGAUAAGCGACCAAUUCUGUCCCACAGUUACAGGCAGAAGAUCAGUUUGCCUAAGACUGUUAUCCAGGCGCCUUUCGUGAACAAAGAGUCAGAUCACAAGAUGACAGUUGAUAAUCUUGAUGCCAAACAGAGAAGAGUGGAGAGGAUUUCAAAUUUUCACUCAAAGAGCACAGCCAUGGACAACAAGACACCUUGCGUUCAGACUCCAACUGUGACUGAGAGAGAUAAAGAAGAUCCAAUCAGUUUGUCCUAUGUUCUAGUCAACAGUGUCUCACAGCUCCAUCAAGAGAUUACAGCCAGGUCCCUAAUGAAGAAUAGUCUAAGUGAAUCAACUGAAGGGUACCAGGACUACCUUAUGAAGGAACCAGGGCACUGUGAUGAACAGGACAAUUUUGGAGUUAGUGAUUUCUCCUGUAAUGCAUCUAAUUCAUAUGAAAAUUCAAAAUAUUGCUCUGCUCAUCAAGAUACACCUUCUGCUUAUCUGAUGGAGGCCACUACAUGUGUAAACACCAGCAAGGCACAAGAUAUCUUAGGCAAUCAAAGAAUGAGCUUUCACAGACCUGAUGGGCCAAUAUGUAAUAGCACAGAGUCCAAAGAUCAUACGAAAGACAAGAUGAAAAUGAUGGUCUAUCAAGAGCUCAGAUGCAAGAAUUCAGUUAAAGACAGGAAUAUAGAUUCAAUUGACAAGUCAAGCAGGCAUAGAAAUCACCUGCAACAUCGAGCCCAGUCAUUACAAGAGAAAGAAGUGACCUGCCAUAUAAUGAACAUUGAUGAUAAAGCAGCAGGAAUUCGAGAGUGUCACAAGAAUACCUCAGAGUGCACAAGUUCAAUAACUCCUAGCAAAUAUAGCUCAAAAAUAAAUUCAAAACACUUAAAUGAGGAAGAAGCCAAAGAGACGCUUUCACACCCUUUUAGAGAGUCAGAAGCAUCAAAGAAACUCACCAGUCCAGAUUCAGGCUUUUGUGAAAUGGACUUGUCACUAUGUCAAGAUGGCCGUCUUAUGGUGCUUCACACAAGCUUAUAAUUACAGGUUUAUAUGUUU